UCCAGUGCUCCACUCCAGUCAUUAGUAAAUUCCGAGUCACUUUCUCUCUGCAGGGAGGACAGCGGCUGAGCUACGGGCAAACUGCAACCAAGAAACGGGUGAAACCCCACAGGACUUCACCUUCCUCCGGCUUCAGCAAAACAACAUAAUCAGCAGAACAAAGCGAGAAGCGUUUGAAGCGAGCGGAAUCAGAACGCACAAACUGUUUUUAACGUGACACCUCAACCGCAUCAUCAUCAUCAUCAUCAUCAUCAUCACCAUCACAUACUACGGCAUUGGAAGCAGCAGCAAGCAUCAAUUCCUGCAGCGAAAGACAUGCUGUCAAGACAGUAAAUCCCUCGCAAUACCCGGUAAGGAGAGGGUACAUAUUGUCAGGCUGCUUCUACUCCACGAAUGGAAUAAUGCCCUUUAGGUUGGUACUGGCAUCCUGAGGAAAGACAGCUUGGGUAUCAAUGGCAAACCAACAACGUGGCCACCAACUCAGAACCAUGAGUUCAGAGGAGAAAACAUUAACCCCUGUCCACAAAACAUCAACACCAACACAUAAGAGUGGCUCUUCGACUUCUUCCCACAGAGACAGUCGGCAGUGCACUGUGCUGUUAGAAGGAAGUGACUCUUCUGAUAGUGACGUCUUUCUCAGCGAUACGGUGCCAGAUACUGAGAGCAUCUCUCUCGUAAAGGAGGGUGACAGCUGGGAGAUCAUUGAGGGCCUGAAGAUCGGGCAAACAAAUGUCCAGAAGCCAGAAAAACAUGAAGGCUUCAUGCUGAAGAAGCGAAAGUGGCCCUUGAAAGGCUGGCAUAAGAGAUUUUUUGUGUUGGAUAAUGGAAUCCUGAAGUACUCCAAGUCUCCCAUUGAUAUUCAGAAAGGCAAAUUGCAUGGAAGUAUUGACAUUGGUUUGUCAGUGAUGUCAAUAAAAAAGAAGGCUCGGAGAAUUGACCUUGACACAGAAGAACACAUCUAUCAUUUGAAGGUCAAAUCCCAAGACGUUUUUGAUGCAUGGGUGUCAAAGCUUCGACACCACCGCUUGUACCGGCAGAAUGAAAUUGUGCGAUCGCCCAGAGAUGCCCCGUUUCACAUCUUUCCUUCACCUAAUGCAGAAUCAGCAACUAAUGCAGCUGGAUCCGAAGGAAAGACAAAGCCAAAAACCUCACCUUGGCAGCCUCCCAUUCCUAGCACCAGUAGCUUACCUGCAUCAUAUAGCAAUGGACAAAGCAAAGUGGCUGCGUGGCUACAAGAAUCUGAAGAGAUGGACAAGUGUGCAGAAGAGCUUUCAAACUGUCAGUCAGGCCUUGUGGAACUGAGCAGACUACUUCAAAAUCUUGAAAUUCUGCAGAGGACGCAGUCUGCACCCAACUUCACUGACAUGCAGGCUAAUUGUGUAGAUAUAACAAAGAAAGACAAGCGACUGAGCAGAAGAUGGAGAACAAAAAGUGUCAGCAAAGAUACAAAAAUGCAACUUCAGAUUCCUUUGAGUGCUUCAAUGACCCAAGUUCGUUUGCAUUCAUCCAAUCCGAACCUCUGUGCAGAUCUAGUGGAUUUUCAACCUCCUAUGAGCAGGCUCACUGAAACACUUGAGUGUGCCACAGACUAUAUCAAGCUGCAAGAGGAGUUCUGUCUAAUUGCACAGAAAGUUCAUUCUCUGCUGAAGUCUGCCUUCAAUACUGUAGCAAUAGAGAAGGAGAAGAUAAAGCAGCUCAUCUCUGAGCAGGAGCAGGCAGGCCGCACUGCCCAGAUUGUGACGCUGAAGAGGUCUUUAUCACAGGCUCUGACACAGAAUGCUGAACUGAUGACUCGUCUUCACCGGAUACACUCAGAAUCGGUCCUGUCUGAGCAAGUUGUCGGUGUAAAUAUCAUCCCCAGCACUGACGAGCCCAAUGAACAGAUCCAUGUCAGCCUCCCACUGACACAGCAAGCCUCCAACGAGAGCAGGCUGUCCAUGUCAGAAUCCGUUUCGGAAUUCUUUGAUGCCCAGGAAGUGCUGCUGUCAGCAAGCUCAUCGGAGAAUGAGGGAUCAGAUGAUGAAUCAUAUGUCAGUGAUGUCAGUGACAACUUUUCAGAGGACAAUGCCAGCGUUGCAGAUAACAGGCCAAUGCCAAAUGGUGGCCUAGCCGGGGGUGGAUUCCGCAACGGCCGGCGCACGUGCCUCCCUGCCCCCUCUCCAGACACCAGCAACAUAAACCUGUGGAACAUCCUGAGAAACAACAUUGGCAAGGACCUCUCCAAGGUGUCCAUGCCAGUGGAGCUAAAUGAGCCUCUCAACACCCUCCAGCAUCUCUGUGAGGAGCUGGAAUACACAGAGCUGCUGGACAAGGCUGCUGAGACCGAGGAUCUGUUUGAGCGCAUGAUCCUUGUUGCUGCUUUUGCAGUUUCCGGAUAUUCUUCAACAUACUACAGAGCAGGCAGUAAGCCUUUUAACCCAGUUCUUGGAGAGACCUAUGAAUGUAUAAGGGAAGAUAAGGGUUUGUGCUUUUUUGCAGAGCAGGUUAGCCACCACCCACCUAUCUCAGCGUGUCACUGUGAAUCCAAGAAAUUUACUUUCUGGCAAGAUAUCAGAUGGAAAAAUAAAUUCUGGGGGAAAUCCAUGGAAAUACUCCCUAUAGGAAUCGUGAAUGUCGCACUUCCAAAGUACGGCGAUCACUAUGAAUGGAACAAAGUCACUACCUGCAUACACAACAUCCUCAGUGGUAGAAGAUGGAUAGAACAUUAUGGAGAAAUAACAAUAAGAAAUACGAAAAGCAGCCUGUGUAUUUGUAAACUCACAUUCGUUAAGGGAAAUUACUGGGGUUCAAGUGUGAAUGAAGUCCAGGGUUUUGUGAUGGACCAGGAAGGGAAGGUGGUGCAUCGGCUGUUUGGGAAGUGGCAUGAAGGACUGUAUUGUGGCGUUGCACCUUCUGCGAAAUGUAUUUGGAGGCCAGGCUCCAUGCCAACGGAUUACGAGAUGUAUUACGGCUUCACCAGAUUUGCUAUAGAACUUAAUGAGCUGUGCCCGACGAUUAAAGAUCUUAUUCCUCCAACCGACGCUCGUUUUAGACCGGAUCAGAGAUUUCUUGAAGAAGGGAAUGUAGAAGCUGCAACCAAUGAAAAGCAAAGGAUAGAGGAUCUGCAGAGAUCAAGGAGAAGAUGCAUAGAGGAAAACAAUAUCGAGUAUCAGCCACGUUUUUUCAAAAAAGUGAUUGAUGCCAAUCAGAGAGAAAAGUGGGUCACCAACAACACCUACUGGGAACUACGGAAAGUCCCUGGUUUCAGUACAUUGGAAAACCCUCAGCUUUGGUAACAUUUGGGUGGUUUGUGUUCCAACGUUCUUUCUAACAAAGCAGCUUUUACCUAUGCACAAAUAUUGCAGUAUCAUAUUUUCAGUUCAGUAUCCUAUUGUUUUUUUUGGGGGGGUUGUGGAUAUAAGGACAUUCUUCAAAACCCUAACAUUCUAAGAAAGGUCUUAACAGGACAACAUCACCACUCCCUUGCAUCAGGGGCAAUGUUCACCAAACAGCUAUUGCUGUUGUCACAGCUUUCCCUGAAUUGACAUGCAGAAAGUUCUCUUGGUGAGGAUGGGACUAGAAGUUACUGUCUUUGCCUUAAAAGACAAUUAAUUCUGCACACAUGUUAAACGCAUAUGAUUUAAGCUUCACUAAAGCGCUAUGAUUUAGUAGGAUGCUGAACUCUGAAUAUCAGAGUUACCUGUAUUUUAAAAGUAUGCACAGCAUGUUUCAAGGCUGGCAUCCAUCAACCUAAGUUAUAUUGAAUUAACAUGUGCAAUGAUUCUUCUAAAAAACAGCAUCAGUAGGACUAAAAUAUAUUUAUAUUUAUGAAAAAAAUGUAAUCAAACAUCUUUAUUUAAUGAUUUUAUUUUAAGCAAAAGUAGAAGUAAAAACAAACACGUUUGUUGAGUAAUCUUGAUAUUACUAAUGACGUGGGUUGAUAUAAACUUUGUAGUUUACAUUCAGCAAGAUAUGUUAUAGUCAAAUUCUCUCCAAGGCUGGAUAACUUGUAAAUACCUUUUUUGAAAAAAAAAAAAAAAAAAAAAAAAAUCAAACUCAAGAAUAAGCAUAGUAUAUUUUGGUUGUAAUAAAUUAGCGACAAGCAAGUUUUAUUUUCAGAUACUCAUACAGGAUAGCUGUUUGUCAGUGCUUGCUUGCUUCAUAUCGUCAAGACCAGGUAAUCUAUGCUGGAUCUGAACAUGUGAUCAAUACAGUCAAGAACUAAGCCCGUUACCUACCAAGCUCCUAACAAUUUUUUGAGUUCAGAACAUAAUAAUGAUAUAUUUUUAAAACUAGAAUAGAAAGUCAUUACCAGUACUUGCAUCCAUGUUUGCUUGAACCCCAAGCAAAUAAAUAAAUAAAUUCACCGGCUGGCCGGAAUUAUGUGUUGCAUAAAAAAAAAAAAAAAAAAAAAAAAAACUAAAACUUACAAUAACAUGUAAAUAUAAUCACCUUGUGAUAUGUGCUUCUGGAAUUUGUAGUUCUGCAUUGUGUCUAUGGUAUAUGUGUCAGUUCAGCUUUUGCAGCUGAAUUGCACAAGUCAAGUCAACUGUGCUGACUGCAAAUCAGCCUCUUACUGAGCUAGCAACACUACACAAUUAAAAUCUCUCAUUCAACUAUAGACCAGGACCAGCUCUGCAUACCUUCCAACAUCUCACAAGGUCAGAAUGCAAGUAGAAUUGUGGGCUCACAAACUUUUUCUUUGAUUGAGCCUUUUAUCCUGUUACUUUCAGCUGCAUUUCAAUUUCUAAUGGAUGCUUAUAAAGCCUCAGCCCUAGAGAGAAUAUGGCUGUGGGGAAUCAUACAUUUAUGACAGUGAAAACAUAAACCUUUGUUCCAUACCUUUUUAAAGAGUAAGGUAUUUAAGAAACGGCUUUUUGAUGAUUUUAUUUAAUUUCAGCCACAGUGUGCAUAUUGGGCAUUCUUUCAUUAAGUGAAAGGUCGCGGUGAUACAGUAUCUGGUUUGUAUAACUCAAGCGUACAUAAUCUUUGUACAGAAGUUCUUUCAAACCUAUUUGACAUGGAAUAUGCAAUAAUUGGUUUAAUUGGCAGUCAUUUCAAAAGUGGUUAUUUGCUGCAGUUCAAGGACCCCAAGAGGAAAAUUGUUACACUUCAUCUGUAUGUAUUAUACCUUUUAGUCUUAAACACUAUACUGUACAAACACCAUAUGUGGUGGCAGGUAUCCCUUUUAUAAUCUGGCACAACCUUAUCAUUAUCAGAUUUAUUUUGCGUAACUUCCAGUGUACGUUUUUACAUUCAAGUAUAAAAUACCAAGUACCAUAACAUAUACUUAUUUCUCUACCAUGUCAUAUUGUAAGUUUCUUUGUAACAAUUCCAUUUGAUGUGCCUUAAAGCGAUAAUUGCAAAAUUGGAUGGGUUACUUAAUUGUACCAGUAUCAACACUUUAGGGAAUUCACCAUGGCAAAGCACCAGUGUGACCACCUUUAGUGUGGUUCAACCCAGAAAUAAAUACUGUAUACAAUGCUGUUGUGCUUGUACCAGAAAAAAUAACAAUCCAACUGAGUAACAGUCUCCUGUUCUAAAUUACGAAAAUCCUGUUGUAAUUGACUCUGGGACUAUAUUCCUGUUAGCAGGCCACAUUUUUCUGUAUUUUUUUUGGAAAUACACUUCGGUUUAAUUUCAUUUGAAAGAUCAAUGACAGAACAUUUCAACUAGAAAUCUUUUCUGUUAGUAUUGCUAUAGAAUGCUUAAUAGUUGAUUUAUUAGAGGAACCAGCAUUUCUGAAAAUGCAGUUCUUUCUGCAGCAGUGUUCAUUCUGAUACAGCUUGGUACGGGAGCCCAGCACCUCAGGUGCAUGCUUUUUUAAUAUCGGUUAUAUUGAAAAUACAUGUUUGGAACAAAACUGUAUAAAUAAAAACACAAUCAGUUUAAAUAAAAAGUAUUCCUCCAGAUACUGUUUAUUUGUGCUCCGUUUUCUCUAUGCGAGUAAAUGUUGGCACAAAACAUUAAGAGGCUGGACAUGAUAAUAGAAACCAUAAUGAAGAAACUGGCUGACAAACAAAUGUAACGUACCAUAUUCAUUACAGUAUGUCAUGUUUGUGCCACAAAAUCUCCACAGGAACAACCAAUGCUUUUGAGCUAGUUCUCCAAAUGUUUCGUACACCAGCUCUUUCCAUUGCAUCUUACAUUAAUUAAAAAAGAAAAACUGUCCCAUGCUUUUUUGUGGGACUGAAAUGUAUACAUCAAGUAGAAUCACUCCAUGCAAUUAAACCUACCAAAUGGCCUCGUAGGUAUUGUGUAAUCCAUUACAAUAUCUAUUAUUUACAGUAGUUAUGUACUUUUGCUUAAAGUCUUUUGCAAUACAACGACAACAAAUAUGUUUAACUGCAAAAGAUAUCAACUACAGGUUAAAGCAGAGUUCUAUGACAGUAGCAGAGAGAAUUUCUUUUUUGUUUCUGACACAAAGUUAUUCCUCUAUUACAGUGUAAAUUAUAAUUGCAUGUGCAAAUGAUAAGCCUGCCAAUGAAUGUUGCAAAUGCCUUAUGAAAAGGUUGAUUUUUUUUUUAAAUUUAAAUGUUAAAAGACAGUGUCACACAGUGCUGUGUUGGACAGUCAAGAUACAUAUUUAAGUCCAUUUUCUGAUGGAUAUCUCUGAAGUGCAAUUGUAUAAUUACUACAUAUACAUAUCUUCCCAUGAACUCUCUACACUGCUGCUAUCUAGUGCUUGUUUUAAUAAAAAUGUAAAAUGGAAUCUGGACUUUGUGUUUUUUUUGUGUGUACAUGUUAGCCUGACACACAGGAGCUACAAAUACCACAUCAAUAGAUGGACCUGUUUUGUUUAGUUUUGUGGUGAUACUACAAAGGAUAGAACAGUUGUGGACCACUGGUAUACAGUACCGCACAUAAUACAAUUACUUUGACCUUGUGUAGCAUAAAUUAAAAUGGACAUCUAACGAUAGAAGAAAAUGCAUAAUGUGCAACAUUAAGACUACAAUCUAAAUAUGAAAGUGCAAUAUCCCUUUUUUUAAUUAUCACAUUAGCAAAUGAAAACACAUUUAUUGGGUCUGAAUAUGUAAUAAACAAGACAAAAUCAUUGUCUGCAUGCAAUACUGUAUAAACUAGUACUAAUGCAAAGAAAGAACAGUAUUAAACCAUGCAGUCCAAGGCAUUACAAUUUCCUUGUGACCCUAUGAUAAAUCUAAAUACUGGUAGACGUACUUUUAUUGCAAUUUCCAGUCUCUCAAAAAGCCCAAUCUUAAUAAGUGAACUAAGUGGGCAAUGUGUUAUCAUUACCACAAAGAAUCAGCACCACUCAUAAUCAACACACAGGAGACACUCAAUUUAGCUGUCAUUUUAAACAACCUUUUUUUAUUUAAAAAUGUGCCACAGCAGACAAUUAAAUAUGCAACAGUGAAAACAUUGUCACAUGUUGUGUUUUAUGAAAAUGCUGUAGCAAUCCUAUGGCAGUCCUCACACAGUUGAACAUCAUUGCA